AUGUCAACUUGUUUAAGCUGUGGAAGUUCUAAUCUUGAAGCGGAUUCAUCUUCAGGUAUUACAUAUUGUGUUUCUUGUGGGAAUGUAAUUGAAGAGAAUGUGAUUGUUUCGGAAAUUACAUUUGGUGAAGCGUCUUCAGGUGCUGCUAUUGUUCAAGGAUCUUUUGUUGGCGCUGAUCAAAGUCAUGCGCGUACUAAUGGUCCUUAUCGUAGGCAGAGUUCUUUAGAAUCUAGAGAACAAACUAUAGCUAAUGGCCGCCGUAGAAUUAAUGCUUUGGCAGCUGCACUGCAUUUGUCAGAAAGACAUUCUGAAACUGCUGUUCGUUAUUUUACUCUUGCUGUGACGCAUAAUUUUAUUCAAGGUCGUCGAUCACAAUAUGUUAUUGCAUCAUGUCUAUAUAUAGUAUGCAGGCUAGAAAGGACAUCUCAUAUGCUUAUUGAUUUUUCUGAUAUUCUCCAGAUUAAUGUUUUUACACUCGGUUCAACAUUUCUUAAAUUAGUUCAAGUUCUUCAUAUUACUCUACCAUUUGCUGAUCCAUCUCUUUAUAUAACAAGAUUCGCUGCUCUUUUGGAAUUUGGAGCAGAAACCCAUAAAGUUGCUACAGAUGCUAUUAGAUUGGUUCAAAGAAUGAAUAGAGAUUGGAUGCAGACUGGUAGAAGACCAGCUGGUAUAUGUGGUGCAUGUCUUUUAAUAGCUGCACGUAUGAAUAAUUUUCGUAGAAGUGUAGAAGAAGUCGUACAUGUAGUUAAAGUGGGUGAUCUUACUGUUAGGAAAAGAUUAGAAGAGUUCAAAACAACUGCAUCGGGUGAUUUAACCGUUCAAGAUUUUAGAACUAUAUGGCUUGAACAAACUCACGAUCCACCUUCAUAUCUUCAGGGAAAAAAAAAAGAACGAAGGCAAAGGGAUAUUGAAGCUAUGGAAUUUUUGAAUAGUAAAGAACAUGAGAUAGAUAUUUUGGAUGCGUCUACGACAAAUUAUUAUCAUAAUAAAGAAAAAAUGUUACCGUUAAAAUUAAUUGAAACUGGUGAUUUUGUUACUGAAUUGAAUGAUAAUUUCUUGAAAGGUGAAAUGGAAUCAGUUUUGAAAGAUAGAGAUAUUCAAAGAAUGUCUAUGGCUAUUCAGGAAACUAAAAAAACUGGAAAAUAUUGUGAAACUCUUUCCGAUAUUGAUGAUGAUGAAAUCAAUCAAAUUAUUUUAAGUGAGCCAGAGGUUUUAGCGAAAACUCGAGUUUGGAUGGAACUUAAUAGAGAAUAUCUUGCUGCACAAGAAGUGAAACGUUUAAAAUUGGAGUCUGAUCUUAAAGCUGGAAUUAAUCGUCAAACAAAAAGACGUAAGAAACAUAAAUCGAAAGAUUCUAAUAGUUUGAAUUUGCCAUCUAAUCCUGUAGAAUCUGCAAAAAAAAUGUUACAGCAACGAACAUUUUCUAAGAAGAUUAAUUAUGAAGCCUUGAAUUAUUUGUUUGAAGAAUAG